AUGCACGCAAUCUUGGAAGAAGCCUUGAACAUGUGGGGCGAUUUCCUUGCUGGCAGACUCGACACCGCUAUGGAUCAAGAUGCUCUGCAUGAUUAUCUAUCUCUGUCUGUUCGAGACCAUAUAGAGGCUUUGUACAAGAACAAUUCAGAGAAGCGUGGCUACAUGAAGUAUUGGAUGACAAGGGCUUUCGACGCUUUCUGGAGAUUCCCGACGGGACAGGAUACUGAUAUGUGGGCGUGGAUGGCUCUCAAUACUGGAAGUGUCAUGAUGCCGAGUUACAACUUUUUGCUACCUGAGCGUAGUGAGCUUGCCAGCGAUGGGGAAGAUGAAGGGGACGAGGACAUGGAAGAUGAGGUGGAUAAGGAAGUAGGGGAGGGGGAUAAAGAGAUGGAAGAAGAUGCGGAAGGUGAGGAAGAAGAUGCGGAAGGUGAGGAAGAUGACACCAUUGGAUAUCAGGGACGAUAG